UGAUGUCCGCCGAAGUGAGAAAAAUCACUCAAAGAAGGCAGUAAGUAAUCAUAUUCACGUAGGUCCUAUGCAUAUUCCUGGGUGUGGACGGACGGACGGAUGGACAGAUAGAUAGAUAAUCCCCAGGGACAUUUAGCUGUUUGCAGGGCGUUUUUCUUUUAAAAUAAGUAGGCCUACAAUGAGCAGCAAACUGUCUUCACAGUUCGUGUACUGUAUUUUAUCGUGCUGGUAGUGAAAUGCACAGGUGUUUUGGAUUGUACGAUAAAAUCAUGAACACGUUAAAGUUGGAUUCUUUUUAAGUUUCCUUUUUGUGUAAUUCCACUGGUGGUGGAAAAUAGUUAAAAGCAAAUAUGUAAUAUUUAUAAAUACUGUACGAUAUACAUACUCUGCGCAAAGAAGGUGGGGCCGGGUGUCACCGCAGAUAGCGUCACCCUUCUGUGCCUGCAGCCGGCGGCGCUACCCAUUGCGCAAUCCAUAUUAUCUUUAAUAUCAACAGAUCAGUUAAUAUCAUAUCGAUUUAAAACCGUUAAUAAACCUCUCAUCCCUGAAACGUGCAUUAGAUGAAAACGCAAACUGUAUAGCUGAAUGCUGAACAUGCUUGUAGAGAAGAACAAUGUGCUACACUGCAAAUUUUAUCUAGUACCUCUAAGGACUUCCCCUUUUCAAAUGGUGACAGAUUAGAUAUGUGAGAUAGCUCAUAGCGGUUAAUGAUGAGUCCAGGACUGCGACAGACACGCAGAUCUCUCUCUCCUUUGCCAUCUGGUCUUCUCCGAACAAAAUAUUCAAUUGGUUUAGUUUUGCUUUUCAUUUGUCUAACUGGGUAGCCUGAAGUACUAUCAAAUCAACAUCUAAGGACAAGGAAAAAUACACGAGGGACAACAACUGAAGGAACAGCAAUAAAAUUAAUUAGUUUUUCUGAAGGGAUUUAAGAAUUUCUUCUUAACAGGUUAUUGAUACAACAUUUUUUGCUGGUGAAGAAAGCAGAUGAACAGCAUGGAGACACUUGGAAGGGUUCAGUUUGACCUUAGUCCCCAUCACAUGGCAGAGCCAAGAUGUACGGAUGAUGAGGGUCUGCCUCAAGAUUUGUUAACCCCACUGGUGGAGGGUCAGAUGUAUAUCUCAGACAUGGGGGGAGAGACACUGGAGAUGGAAGACCUUUCCUUGGAGACAGCAGGCCAUUGUCAAGCAGAUGCCCCAGGUGAUCCGAGGACCAGGCCAGAAGAAGGACGAGGACCUAUCAGGAGCCAGGGAAUCGAUGGUGCAUGGCAGCCAAGUUCCGCAAUACUCUCAUCGCUGCCCAGCCGCGCUAUUAGCUAUAAUGAAGUCGCCAUCAUUGCAGACUACCUUGGUCGUGGUAUGCGGCCUCACCACACCAGGCAGAGCCUGUCUGCCGCACGAGAUGUCUCGCGGUCCUGCCGACCCAGUAUCCGUGGCUACAGCAUCCAGACCAACAUAAACAUCAGGCAGAAUGAGCAGCUUGUGAGAGACCUCCGGGCUCUACCAUCUGGGGAUCUUAUGCGGAUGUUGAGGACUGUUCCCCUGAGCAUGGCUAAGAAGCGGGAGGUCAGGAAGCUGUCGAGUACUCAGAAAAGAGCAGUUUCCAGCAGUCAUGUGCCUUGCUGCAGCAGUCUCAUUCUGCAGAUCAAGCAUAACUGGCAGUGGGCGCUGGACUCCUCCCGCCUGUGGCAGGUGGCAUUCACGGAUGUGUCUGGCCGUUUCGGCACGGGUGUCCUAUCUUACUUUACUUUCCUGAAGACUCUACUGUUCUUCAAUGUUGUCCUCUUACUGAGCACCGGGGCCUUCCUGACCGUGCCGCAGGCGAUUUACGCCCCUCUGCCCACUUCCGGCAAAUUCACAGGCCUGGAGAUGCUCACUGGUAUGGGUAGCCUUGCAAACUCGGCGAUGUUCUACAGCUACUACACCAACUCCACGCUGCGUGAGAGCUGCACAUUGGCCCCCAGCGACUGUGGGGCAACAUAUAAAAAUGCCCCCCUGGUCUACUUCCUAAACAUCUCUCUGUCCUUCCUUCUUUCCUUCAUCUUUCUUGUGUACAGCAUGUUCAGGUCAUAUGGGGGGAACUUUGACAAGCGAAAAUCCCGGUGUGACACGGCCAUCAAGACAUUUUGCUCCUGGGACUUCAAAGUCACCGCGAUGGAUUCCAUCCAGCUGCAGUCAGAGAGUAUCUACACACAGCUGAAGGAGCUGCUGCAGGUGGUGACCAAAGAAACCAGGCCUGGCCUGAUGAGGAGACUAGCCUGGGUCAUAGGACACCUUUUGGCGUGGACCUUGUGUCUGGGCAGCAUGCUGUACUGCCUUAGAUUUGUCUACAUUGUCAUGAACUCCCAAAAAGACAUUCCCAUGGGUCAGGAAGCCUAUCUACUGAUUGCACCUGCACUGGUGUCCGCCAUCAACAUGUUUCUGCCUGUUGUCUUUAACAUUGUGGCAUACUUGGAGAAGUACAGCUCACCCCAUGUCUGUGUCUGGGUCGCCAUCUUCAGGGACUUGGCCCUGAAGGUUUGCAUGCUGGGAUUGCUGUGCUACGUUUGGCUGGGAAAGGAAACCAGGUCACCGCCGUGCUGGGAGAGCUUUGUUGGCCAGGAGCUUUACCGCCUCCUGCUGAUGGACUUCCUCAUCACUCUCCUGGACACGUUCUUUAGUGAUUUCACCUGGAGGUGUUUUUUACAGAAAGUGCUGAAGAGGAAGGGGGCGCUGGAGUUCAACAUCGUCCGGAACAUGCUGGAGCUCCUGUACGGCCAGGCACUUGUCUGGCUGGGGGUCCUGUUUGCGCCAUUACUGCCUGCUGUGCAAGUCGUUAAGCUGUUUCUGCUGUUCUACGUAAAAAAGACGAGCUUGAAGAUGAACUUUCAGCUUCCCAGAAGGCCCCCGAAUGCCCAGCACAUGAACACCCUCUUUAUCUCCCUGCUGUGUUUCCCCUUCUUCCUGGGAGCCUUUAUGCUGGUCAGAUACACCAUGUGGGCGAUUGCGCCCUCCCCUGCCUGUGGGCCAUUCAGGGGCCUCCCCACUAUGGCCCAGCUGGGAAAGGAGUGGGUAGAGAGGCAGAACAUCAAAUGGCUCAGCUGGGCGUACUUUUAUAGUACGUUCAUAGUGAACAAUCCAGUCUCCCUCUUUCUCUCCUCAGGAAUUUUCUUUAUAAUCAUUUAUUUUCACACCCAAGUAGUAGAUGGACAGCAAAAGAUUGUCAGCCUCUUACAAGAACAGAUUAGAAAUGAGGGAGCCGACAAGAAAUUCCUCAUCACCAAACUGCAAAUCCUUCACAGGCAGAAAAAUGGCCGGUUGGCAAAAACGUAAACACAGGGGCCAACAGGGAUUCUGCAUAUGAAGGAUGACAUUGAAGCUUUGAAAGGAUUUAGGGCGUGUGUUUUAAUUUUCAUGAAAAGAGAAUAUUCAGUUUUACCUAUUGCUCUGAGAAUGAUAAAAUAAUGUGUGUGCAAACAGAAGUGCAACUUAAUAUGUCCCAUAAGCUUUGGUGCUGUCACGCCCUGCCCAGCCGACCCUCCUGUCGUAUUACUCCUACCUCUUGUUCCUGCUCUUCUGUGGAUCUCUCAAGCUGCCUCUCGUUUUCCUCUUUAUUAAUCCGUAGUAUAUAAGUGCCUCCCAGGUCUAUGAUCCCCAAUCUGGACAUUGACAUUGUUAGAUGAGUCAGUCUUAUGCUUAGAGCCUGUCUGAAGUUCCCCUGUGAGUCAUUUGUUUCCCUUCCUUUGAUCGAAAUAAACUCUUCUUGUUUUUGCCCUGA